AUGGCAUCAACAGCUCAUCGAUAUUCUGGCUUCUUGACCCUGUUGAUGAGCGUUGUCGGUGUGGGAUGCAUGCUCUAUGGCGGGAUGGGGCUGUAUGCGUACAAAUCCAAUUCACCAUACAAGACGACGAUUAUCCAAACACCAAAGCAACACAGCGUCGAUAUGCAGCUGUGCAUACUCCACCACCGCGUGCAGGCACAGACCAUGUCAAACGAAGUCCAGACACUGUACGAGUUCCUGGGCAGCGAUAACCCGGCGUCGUCAAAGACUGCUGAGGCUGUCGAGCUGGACUUGUGGCGGGCGUGGGAUCGGCACGUGGCUGGGGCGCGAAAGGAAGAGAAAAAGGGUGGCAGGAAGAUACACGAGUUGGACGAGGAGAGAUCUUUGUUCCUUGCCGUCGUGGACGUGCUGAUGACGCGAAAGGAGAUGCGAAGGUACUACGACAAGGUGAUCCUGUUGCCUCUGACGAGCGCGGUAGAUCGAGAGCCCGUGCUGAGAAGUCUCUGCGGGAAGCACUGGCUGGCGAUGCAGUGA